AAACCCUCCAGCAGAGACCAGAACAAGAGUUUCUACUUCUACUUUUCCUCCAUCAGCGGAUACCGUGGGAGAUGUACAGCAUGAGUGGAUAAUGGAGAGGGCUUUCUCCCCCAUCACUCCCAGUAUACCCUGGAUGGAUACAUUGGGUGGAGGAUGCUGCAGGUGAAGUGAGUAAAAUGAGGAGGAGGAGGCAGAAAUCAGUCUGGAUCGGAGAUGAAGAUGGAGCUGCUGUUUUCCUGGGGUGAGACCAGAGGAGAGGGGGGCGCCGAGAGGCUCGAUGCCCGGGGCGUCUGACGCGGUGCAGACGGUGGCGGGAUGGAGACGGUAAACGCCAGUGAGCUCUGGAACAUCUCCACCAACUCCACCCGGCCGAGGGACAGUAACCUGGCUCUGCAGUCGGGCCUCGCCGUGACUCUGACGCUCAUCACUUUAGCCACGACGCUCUCCAACGCGUUCGUCAUCGCCACCAUCUACCAGUCUCGAAAGCUGCACACGCCGGCCAACUUCCUGAUCGCCUCCCUGGCCGUCACGGACCUCCUGGUGUCCAUCCUGGUGAUGCCAAUCAGCGCGCUGUACACCGUCAGUGCCACCUGGACCCUGGGGCAGGCCGUGUGUGACAUUUGGCUGUCCUCGGACAUCACCUGCUGCACCGCCUCCAUCUUGCACCUGUGUGUCAUCGCGCUGGACCGAUACUGGGCCAUCACGGACGCCGUGGAGUACUCCAAGAAGCGCACGAUGGGGCGCGCCGCUGGCAUGAUCGCCACCGCCUGGGUCAUUGCCAUCUCCAUCUCCCUGCCGCCCUUCUUCUGGCGCCAGGUGAAGGUGGAGGAGGAGGUGACCAGCUGUAACGUGAACACAGACCACAUCUUCUACACCAUCUACUCCACGUUUGGCGCGUUCUACAUCCCCACGCUGCUGCUCAUCGCGCUCUACGGGCGGAUCUACGUGGAGGCCCGCAAGCGCAUCCUGAAGCAGUCGAGCAACAACAAGAAGCCCGGGAAGAGGCUCACCUCGGCGCACCUCAUCACCGACUCCCCCGGCUCCGUGGCGUCCAGCACGUCGCUGAACUACGGGACUAACGACGCCUCGUCCUGCGACACCUCCGUCAACCAGGUGAAGGUCACGGUGUCCGACGCGCUCCUGGAGAAGAAGCGUAUCUCCGCCGCCAGGGAAAGGAAGGCCACCAAGACUCUGGGGAUAAUCCUGGGCGCCUACAUCGUCUGCUGGUUGCCCUUCUUCAUCUACACCCUCGUGGUGUCCGUGUGCGACUCCUGCUUCCACCCGGGGCUUUUCGACAUCUUCACCUGGCUGGGUUACCUCAACUCUCUGAUCAACCCCAUCAUCUACACCAUGUCCAACGAGGACUUCAAGCGCGCCUUCCACAAACUGAUCCGGUUCAGAUGCUGCCGGGCGUGAACCAGCCAUCCUCCCAUUUUUCAAAAAUAAAACACUUGUCUGGAUACUAGAGGGAAGGCACUGAGAAGAACUGAAAUUAAAUGUACGUUGUCAACAAGUUAAGUUGGACCUCAUAUUUUUUAUUUAAACUUAAUAUUAUUGCUUCCCACGAACCUAACUGACCUAAUACAUUUAAUCAAACUCAGUGUUUUCAGUGUGGGGACCACGGGUCAUUCUUAGGCGUGGCGGCCAUCUUUGAAGGAUAGCAUCUUUAGCAAACCAAAAUGAACAAAGUAUGCGUGGAAUAUAAAAGCCGUUCAGGCACCUGCAAAGACAGACUUCAAAGGGGGGCUCGAGCACCUGCCCUGUUGCCCUCCUUUAUGCACAAAAAAAAGUGUGAAAUGGAAAAGUGUUACAGCAUAUUGCCUACCCUGCCAUUGAGGACAAAGCAUUUGGCUAUCAUGCAAGGCAACAAAAUGACACAAAAUGCUACUGAAUGUUAAAAAAAUAACGGUGAUAUAGAGGAAAUACAUGUAUUCACAGAAACCUCAAAAAUAUGGAUGGAAAAUAACCUGUAUGAACCCUGUCCUGUUCAUUCAAAGCACUCAUUUUGGAAAUGAAGUUUAUUCACUUUCUUGCAGAAAAAAUUACGUGACAAUUGAUACCACUCUCAUAUCCCUGCGUUAAAAUGUAGCGUCACACCGCUUUGAAAUCGUCCGAAAAUGUCAAAACAUAACGCCUACAUUUCCCACAAUGCAACUCAGCUGCUAAUCGAUCAAGGCGAUUAUUCAUACUUCACACACAGGAGAUAUUAAACGUGUUAUACUGCUUUUAAAACACAUGGAAUUCAAUUAACCAACACUACUGGAAACAUGCUAACGUUCCUCUUUGCAUGUGGAGCUACAGACGGUUAUCCUAGCUUAGCAUAAAGACAGAGGAAACCGCUAGCAUGGCCCUGUUGCCGUCCUGGAAGAGAAUCAGAACGUCCUUUUUUAAUUUACAAAUCAAUUGAAUUGUCUCACUUAAAGCAAAGAAUAACCCGCCACAAACCUGUGUCUGAAACACAUUAUCUAAAGCUUAUGUGUGUGUUAAUUAUGACAUCAUAUAUUAAUUACAUUUAACUAACUUGAUGGCACAUUCCUAUUCCUACACUCUGGUACUUCUACUUGACUUUAGUGCAAGAUCUGAGUACUUCUUCUACCUCUGCUACCGACCAUGUUUGAAAUGUUUAAAGUGAACAAAUGACGGAUUCUCCACCCGCACAGGUUGCUAGUUUCCUCCAAAGAUGGCCGACUUGACGUCCGUUCCCAUUCCCAUUCCCGAUAAACAGUACGUUCCCCUGAGGAACGCCGACACCCAGUGGCUGAUGGAUGGGCCAGCAUCUGACGGCACCAUUGGAUUAAAAUACUGUGGAUGCUGCAGAUGCUAACGUCGCUAAUGGAGGCCGCCUGCAGACUCUCUUUGCCAUAAUGAGUUUGAAGGUCAACAGUCAUUGGCUUGUAAGCACAAACAGUUUAGCGCUAAGCUAACCACGAGCCCCACGGGCAAAAAAUAAGAUGUGUGUUUGGUUUUUUCCCCGUCUCAAUAAGGGGGAUUCUGGUGCCUACAACACGUUUUUGUUCCUCAGAUGUGCCUGGCCCCCCGGGUGGAGACGAGAGGGCGAUUUCAGUUUGAGAAAGAGACACAGGUUUGGCCAGUGUCUGUGUUUCAAUUUUUUGAUGUGACUGAUUUAAACAACUAUUCUGUUAAUUGAUUAAUCUGAAUGUCAGAAAAUAAGGAAACAGGCUUUAAUUGUUUUAUUUGAUUAAUUUAAAACCAAAAGAUAGUCACUUUAAUUGGAUUCAAAAGAGAAAAGCAGCAAAUCUCAAAUAAAAACAGCAUUUUCUGACAUUUCUUUGCAAGGAUUAAUCAACAAUCAAAAAAAUAAGGGAUUGUGUUUCCGUGGAUCAGCUUUAGUCUUUAAACAAGAAUCCAACCUGAGUGUAAAUCUGUGUGCAUCAGUGUGAAUUUUACUUUCAUUUUGCUGAGAAGAGUGUGGAUGUUGCUCAGUGAAAGCUGUAAAAAUAGUGACUCUGAGGGAAUGAAGAGCCAGGAUUGUGAAACCGAUCUACCAGACCUCUCGUUAAGGGUUUUUUAAUUGUUAAUGUUAGCUUUGAUGUUCCAUUUCAUGUCAGGCUAAACAAAUGCAACUCCAAAUCCAGUGGGGCAGGGUUCUUACCUCAUCGUUUUUUAUUUAAAAUGUUUAAAAACCCUGGGAAAUGUCACGGUAUUCUGAUCAAAACCAGCAUUUAUCCUCCCAUCAGACCAGCACAUGCUAAAUGUCAAUCAUUAUCUGCUGCUGAUCCUGAGUAAGGAAUGGAUGUUUAGGGGAAUAAAUCACACUGUAAAAAGUCACUUUGCUUACAGGUCUUCAGGAAAACAUGCAAAAAGUGCAAUUAUUGGCAUAAUGUCUUGGAAUUUGGAGGCAACUGAAAUUACACAUGCUCAGAUUUUAAAAUGACCGUUUAGCAAUUAGCGUCGAAAUUAUUGCACUAUAUUUUCUUACGCCCAAAACAAUGUAAAUUGAAGAGUUUUGCAGCAUAUUGCCUAUACUUUGCCAUUGAGGACAAAGCAUUUAGCUACCAUGCAAGGUAACAAAAUGACACCAAAUGCUAUUUAAAUGUUUGUAAAAGUAUGUUAAUAUAGAGGAAAUACAUGUAUUCACAGGCAUCUCCAGUAACCAGUAGGAACCCUGUCCUGUUCAUUUAUAGGAUUCAUUUUGGAAAAGAAGUUUAUUCACUUUCUUGCUGAGAAAUAUACAUGACAACUGAUACCACUCUCAUACUCUGCGUUAAGAUGUAGCAUCACACCGCUCUAAAAUCAUCUGAAAAUAUCAAAACAUGACGCCUACAUUUCCCACAAUGCAACUCAGCUGCUAAUCGAUCAAUGCGAUUAUUCAUACUUUCACACACAGGAGAUAUUAAACGUGUUGUACUGCUUUUAAAACACAUGGAAUUCAAUUAACCAACACUACUGGAAACAUGCUAACGUUCCUCUUUGCAUGUGGAGCUACAGACGGUUAUCCUAGCUUAGCAUAAAGACAAAGGGACACAGCUAGCAUGGCCCUGAACAAAGGAUUACAAAUGAAAUGGAACUACAAACACCUCUAAGGUCAGUAACUGAAACACACCUCCACUUUUGAAUCCGUACACAAAUGUCAAUAACAACAAACGUAAAGUUACACAACGUAAUCCACCGCGAAACCAAAACGUGUGAUUUCACCUUCAAACUUUGUAUUAAUUAAAUUAGUUUAGUUUUUUUUUACCUUCGUAAUCAUUUUGAGACACAUUCCAAACUUUGGAAGGAGCGAGGCUGGCUAUAUUACACUGUUUCCAGUUUUUAUGCUAAACUAAGCGCAUUCGAUCUAAACUAAGCUAGGCUAAGCUAAGCUAGGCUAAGCUAAGCUAACCGCCUGCUGGCUCUAGCUUCAUAGUUGACAUACUGACAUGAGAGAGGUAUCAGUCAUUCAUCUGAAAACCUUUACACACCUGGAGCGUAACAAAUAAACAACAAGAAAAUACAAAGUGCGUGUUUGUGAGGUUCAGACGUCUAGAGCUUUUAUUGUGAAAGGAUAUAAAGGAGUGGAUCUGAUUGCCGUUGUCAGGUUGAAGGAAGAAUGCAUUUUCUGUCUUAGUUUGGACUCCAUGACCUCAGCGUUGUUGUUUUAAAAUCCUUAAAAAUACAAAUAUGUUUGCACAAUGUCAUUGGUUGAUGCUUUUAUUUGUGGAAGCUCCGAAACUUCAACCUUGUUAUUUUUGCAGUGUAAUAUCUGCAAAUGUGUGAAAGCAUUUAUUAAUUAAGCAACAGUUUGAGUGCUUUUCUGCACAAAUAAAGAUGCCCUCGGUGUGUGAACUCGUACGUCUCAGCAAGAAAGCAAAAAUAAAAAGCUUAUUUACCAAAAUAUCCAACAAAAAAUGUGAAGAAAAUGCAUUUGCUAUCAAAAUUCAGAAGGAAAAACUGCUGCUCCAAAACAGCUGCAGGGAGUUUGUUGCACAAACCAAAAGAGCAUAAUAACAAUUCCCCGGCUGCAAGAGAAGCGUGAUGUACUUCAGCGUUUCUGCAGCCAUGAUGGAUGUGUGACUCUGUGACGGAAAGCCUCCCUGAGUACAGGGUCGAUCCGCUCAUCUGGUGGCUCCGUCAGUCCAGAGGAAGUUGCAUUUCAUCCCGGUUAGCUUCUGCUGUACAACGCUUCUGCACACAUAGGCGAUGCACUGCUCCGAAGGAUGAAAUCCAACCAGCUUG